AUGUCGUCGUCAUCAUCGUCGUCAUCGUCGUCUUCUUCAUCAGACAAUGAUGGUGGUGGUGGUGGUGGUGGUGAUGGAGGAGGAGGCGGCGGCGGUGGUGAUUUUGAAGGUCCUUCUACGUCUCGCAGACGCUUCGGCAACGCAGUUUGGCCUGAGCCUUUCCUCGAAGCUCUCGCGUCUCAGGUCGCCAUUGACGCAGCUACCAACGACGGUCGCCUCGCCGCCGCUCCGGCGCUGUCCAACCUCUUCCAGGUGUGUUCUACCUGGAGAGCUGUUUCGCGCUCCAAUCUUCUAUGGCAGAAUCUCACUCACCGCAUUUGGAACCGCCGCCACCUCUUGCACAACACUUGGCAUGGUGAAUUCAUAUACCGCCACCGCACAGCUAACAAUUUUCGUGGGCGGAGAUAUAUGUACACCACUCUACACUUCGUUCCCCCUGAUGACAAUAAUAAUAACGAAGGCCUCUCUUGUUGCCGCCUUGCCCUCUCAGACUACCACCUUGCAGCUGGCUUCUCUGAUGGCUCCGUCCGUCUCUUCCAUCUCCCCACUAGGCUCCACCUCUCCACAUUCCACCCCCACCACCGUGACCGCCUUGGCCGCUUCUCUAGUGCUGUGUCUGGUAUAAUACUAUUUGAUUCCCAUCUUAUUUUUGCUUCACUUGAUGGUGACAUCCAUGUUGUAAUCAUCAACAAUGCUGUUCCAACACGAAGAGCUCAUUUGGGUGAUGUGGUCAAUGAUGGCGCUUUGGUCGACUUCACCGGCUGUAACCAGUGGUGGGUUGGCCUCUAUGCAGGUGUCCCAGGUCGAGCUUUUCAUGUGUGGAAUGCUGAGGCUGAAGAGCUAGUUUUUGUAGGUGGCACACUGACUGACCCUGAGGCUGUGAGGGGUUGGCAUUUACUCGCUGAGCUGACCGAGUUUAUUGGCCGAGUCAGAGUAACUACUAAUGAAUCUGCAGUGGCAUGCACAAGCCGUAGGGUUAUUGUAUUUGAUCUUAGAAACCAAGGGAUAGUAUUAGGAGAGGAAGAGUUCCGAAGUGAGCUGUUUGUUGGCUCCUUCGAUGCCAGCAACGAGUCGUUCAUUAUCAUAGACAACCGUGGCAUGGCAAGUGUACGCCAGGUAGGUACUUUGGAGGAGGUAUGUAGGUUUAGGGUGGCCGGUGCCUCGCAGAGGGGUGUUUUGGGUUGUAUGAAUGGUGGAUACGCAAUAAUGUGCGUUGGGGGUGUGGUUAGAUUAUGGGAGGUAGAGCGUGGAGAGUACCUGUACUAUUUUCGGGAGAGAAUUGGUGAUGCUAAUGCUCUAGUUUCAGAUGAACGUUACACAGCAGCUUGUUCUAGUGAUACCACCAUUCACCUAUGGGACUUUGGAGCAGAAUAG